AAAUAAAAUAGAACUCUUUCUCAUAAAAGAUGAAGGGGGAUAGAUAGGGUCUGGAUAUUAUCUUCAACACUCAUUCAUUGCAUACAUUUUCUGUUCAUGCGAUAAACAAGAGAGCGCGGAAACAAAAUGCUGAGCCUCUCCGUUACUUCACCAUCUUCUUCAACACUUUCCUUUCUUCCCAAACCAUUACAACUCAAAUCCUCCUUCAAUGGCAUUCGGCUACGUCAACCUAGCACUUGCACAAUUCCAGCCACGAAACGCACCGCUUUGGUCCCAGUGAUGAUGGCAAAGAGAGAAGAGCAAUUGAAGGAAAUUAGAACUAAAACCAACGAACAAAUCAACGAAGAGGUUGUUAAACUACAAGGCGACUUACUCGUGCUUCGUCUUCAGAAAUCUGCUCGCAAGGAGUUUAAACCCAGUGAUUUUAGGAAAAUGCGCAAGACGAUUGCUCGAUUGCUUACUGUAAAGCGGGAAAGAGAGAUUGAGGAGGGUAUUGGUAAGAGGUUGUCUAGAAAGCUAGAUAAAAAGUGGAAGAGAAGCAUUGUUGUAAAACCACCAACACCACCUGUAUCUUUAUUGAAACUUCUUCGGAAGGAGGAAGAUGAUGAAGAAGCUGCGGAAGAUUAAAUAUGCAAGUUAUAGAGUUUAUUGGUUAAAGGUGUUGUUAGUCUUUUGAUUUUAUUGUUUUGUUGGACGUUGUCAUUUCAUUGUGUAGUGUAAUAGUAUCUUGUUUGUAGUAACCUACAUUUCUUCCUGCCUAAAUGUUUUAUGCCUUGUAUUUUUUAAGAAAAGAUACAGGGUUUUCAAACUCA